AUGCGAUACAUCCGCUUUCUCAAAAGUCCCCGCGUAGUCACUGACAAAGGCACCUCAAGAAAGCAAGUGCACUGUCUGAUCACCAUCACGUCAGAUCUAGGGGAUUCCUUUCUCCCUUACGAUAUUCAGCUAGCAGCAGAGCUGUUAGCAACAGCAGAUUCAGAAGAAAAUGUGCUAGUAUGGUCGAACGCGCAAUGGACGGCCGGCAUGCGGAGUCUGCCCAUCACAUUCCCGCUUCCCAAAUCCCAGGUAUCGUUAACCAAUCUGCGAGUAAGAGUAGGCGGGGAGCCGAAACGAGCGCACGAUGAAUUCUUAGCCAUCUCAGAACCAGAUGCUCGGGGCGUUGUGUCUGCCUGGAGUCCGCCUUUCACGUCUAACGUAGGUGCUCCGAAGUUGGUCCAAAGACGGUUCAAGCUACCUGAUGGACCUGUCACUACUAUAUGGGAGGAAACGGGAGAGAGCAUAGCAAGGCAUUUGUGGGACGCUGGUAUCACACUAUCUUGUCAAACACCAGCUCUAAGAAAUUCAACUUCUGACUUAGCAAAAGCCUUGCGGCCAUCCCCAUUCAAACCUCAUUUCAAUGUGCUCGAACUAGGCACUGGCUGCGGGAUGGUUGGCAUCGCAAUGGCUCAAAUCAUCCCGAACUCCAAAGUGCUUCUGACUGACCUUUCAGAAGCUAAAGAGAUCGUAGAGCGCAAUAUCAACUCAGUUACCAUAGCACCAGGUGCCUCACUCGCAUUCAUGGAACUGGAUUGGGAUGCAGACCUACCUCAUGAUCUGCAGUCUACAUCAGAUCAGCUUGAUCUUGUACUCGCUGCUGAUUGCACGUACAAUCCAGACAGCAGCCCAGCAUUGGUCAACAUUUUGGCACGACUCUCCAAAGCCAAUCCAGGUGUUGUGGUUGCUAUCGCCAUGAAGAUGCGGCACUCGAGUGAGGAAGUCUUCUUUGAUCUCAUGAAAGACGCGGGUUUCAUGGAGACGACAAAGAUGGACUUCCCGUUGCCGGGAGAUGUAGAAGUUGGCGAAGAGGUCGUCUACCUGCACGUUUACAAGGCUACCGUAGGAUAG